AUGGCUAAAAAGGGCUCGGAUAAGGCGGGGUUCUUCACGGAGUACGGCGAGGCGACCCGGUACGAGAUCGGCGAAGUGGUCGGCAAAGGCAGCUACGGCGUCGUGGCGGCUGCCGUCGACACCCACACCGGCGAGCGCGUCGCCAUCAAAAAGAUCGACGACGUCUUCGAGCAUGUCGCCGACGCCACCCGCAUUCUCCGCGAGAUCAAGCUUCUCCGCCUUCUGCGCCACCCAGACAUCGUCGAGAUCAAGCAUAUCAUGCUCCCGCCGUCGCGCCGCGAGUUUCGUGACAUCUACAUUAUCUUCGAGCUCAUGGAGUCCGACCUCCACCAGGUCAUCAAGGCCAACGACGACCUCAGCCCGGAGCACUUUCAGUUCUUUUUCUACCAGCUGCUUCGCGGGAUGAAGUACAUGCACGCUGCCAAUGUCUUCCACCGGGACCUCAAGCCCAAGAACAUUCUAGCCAAUGCCGAUUGCAAGCUCAAGAUUUGCGACUUCGGCCUUUCUCGGGUUUCCUUCAAUGACACCCCGUCCGCGAUAUUCUGGACGGAUUAUGUAGCAACAAGGUGGUAUCGUGCUCCAGAAUUAUGUGGCUCCUUCUUUUCAAAGUAUACUCCUGCAAUUGAUAUUUGGAGCAUAGGAUGUAUAUUUGCCGAAAUGCUUACAGGGAGGCCGCUCUUUCCUGGCAAAAACGUGGUACAUCAAUUGGAUCUCAUGACUGAUCUACUUGGCACUCCUUCAGAAGAAUCUAUUUCCAGGGUUCGAAACGAAAAAGCUCGACGAUAUUUGGGAAACAUGAAAAAAAAGCAUCCAAUACCUUUUUCUCAGAAGUUUCCUGGUGUAGACCCCAUGGCACUCCAUUUGCUUGAGCGUCUUCUUGCUUUUGACCCCGCAGAUCGGCCAACUGCUGCAGAGGCCUUGGCAGACCCAUACUUUACUGGAUUGGCAAAUUCUGAACUCGAACCCACAGCGCAACCCAUCUCGAAACUUGAGUUUGAGUUUGAGAGAAGGAAGCUGGCCAGAGAGGAUUUACGUGAAUUAAUUUACAGAGAGAUUUUAGAGUACCAUCCUCAGAUGUUGCAUGACUAUCUUCGUGGUGGAGAUCAGGCAAACUUUCUUUACCCAAGUGGGGUGGAUCGUUUCAAGAGCCAAUUUGUUCAUCUUGAAGAAAUCGGUGCUAAGGGUGAAAAGACUAGCCCGCAGCUGCGGCAGCAUGCUUCCUUACCAAGGGAAAGAGUUAUCGGCAGCAGUGAUGAGCCUGAAAAGCCAAAUGCAGACUACUGUAUAAAAUUGCAUGUAGAUGAGCUACCAGGUCACACAUCGGUGACGGAUGGCCUUAACAAGCCACUGUUGAAUACUCGAAACUUCUUGAAGAGCGAAAGCAUCGGUGCCUCCAAGUGCAUCGUCGUCAAAGAAAAGCAAGAAAAAGAUGAGGAAUCUAUGUCUGAGUAUAUGCAUGAAGCAUCUGAUUAG